GGCGGCGCAAUAUAGCAUUCUAUGAAUUAGGCUCACAAAUAAGACAAGAAAAUUCGGCGGCGCAAUAUAGCGAUCUAUUUAAAUUUGAAUUAUAUAAAACUGUAUCCUAUUUAUAUUUGUUUUCUUUUUCAUAAAAAGGGAUACCUAAAAACCCUAAAAUUAUCUAACAACCAAUACCCACGCAACAAAUUCUAUAGGUUCGAUUUUUUCUCUCCAUUUUUUCAUUAUUUUCCUUCUGAUAUUUUUUCGUAUUCCACAAGUUAAACUGUUCAUGAACCAAUGCGCAAGAUAAUAAUAUCAUUCCCAUACCCUUUAUUUUUCCAUACCGUUGACUCCACAACUGGCGAUGAAUUCACACACCCCGAUAUUCGUCUGUAUAUACUCAUAUUAUAUAUAUAUGUAUAUAUACAAGAUACAUGCAUGUGAUUUGACUACAUCUCGUUCUGCCAGUAUUCUCACAACCACCAAUAAUUUGAACCCAGUAAAUGUAAAAUUUGAAAACUGCGAUCUUUCUUGCAACCUCUGUCUUCUCUCUCUCUCUCUUCCUCAAAGGUGGGACAACAGCUUCGAAGAUGUACGAAGUAGAGAGCAAAGGAGGGGCAAUAGCUUGCAUGAUCUUGGCAUUGAUCUUCUUGGGGACAUGGCCUGCAAUUAUGACCCUUACCGAGAGACGGGGCCGCCUUCCUCAGCACACUUAUCUCGACUACACCUUCACUAAUUUCUUAGCCGCGGUGAUCAUAGCUUUUACCUUUGGCGAGAUCGGUCCCAGUUCAAAUGACAGACCGAAUUUCAUCACUCAGAUUGCUCAAGAUAACUGGCCGUCUGUGAUGUUUGCAAUGGCUGGAGGAAUAGUUCUUAGCCUCGGGAAUCUGGCAACGCAAUAUGCUUGGGCUUAUGUUGGAUUGUCGGUCACAGAGGUCAUCACGUCGAGUAUCACAGUGGUCAUAGGCACAACGUUAAAUUAUUUCUUGGAUGAUAAAAUCAACAGAGCAGAGAUCCUUUUCCCAGGCGUCGGUUGUUUCUUGAUUGCUGUUUGCCUUGGCUCGGCUGUACAUAAAUCCAAUGCAUCUGAUAACAGAGCCAAGCUAGACGACUUUAAAAGGUUUAGCAUGAAGGCAUCCGUUUCUUCCAUUGAGAUGGAGACAAAAACGGGAAAAGAAAUGAAGGAUCUCGAGAACGGAAAUGGCUCAAUGACGAUGAAAGCAAAGGAAGGAACUGCAGCUUUUCUUAUAGAGCUUGAGAAAAGAAGAUCCAUAAAGGUAUUUGGAAAGAGCACCAUAAUUGGAUUGGCGGUCACUUUCUUCGCCGGUAUCUGCUUCUCUCUGUUCUCACCAGCAUUCAACCUGGCCACGAAUGAUCAAUGGCACACAUUGAGACAUGGGGUUCCUAAGCUCGUAGUAUACACCGCAUUCUUCUACUUCUCACUCUCUGGCUUUGUGAUUGCUCUGUUGUUAAACAUUGGAUUUCUCUAUCGGCCGGUACUGGAUUUGCCAAGAUCUUCCUUAAGGGCUUAUCUUAAUGACUGGAACGGCCGUGGCUGGUCUUUCUUGGCUGGUCUUCUCUGUGGGUUUGGCAAUGGCCUCCAGUUCAUGGGCGGCCAAGCUGCUGGUUAUGCAGCUGCAGACGCAGUUCAGGCACUUCCACUGGUGAGCACAUUCUGGGGCAUGCUGCUGUUUGGAGAGUACAGGAGAUCAUCAAGAAGAACAUAUAUACUUCUUACCAAUAUGCUUUUCAUGUUCAUAGUGGCUGUCGCUGUUCUUAUUGCAUCAUCAGGACACAGGAAAUGAGUGAGGAGAUCAGACAGAGAACAUCACUGUAUAUUUUGAUUCAUAAAAAAUGUCAGAGAGCUCAUACAGAAAUGUAUAGAUGUUAAAGUCAGAAAAUUGUUAUUCAGAUUGGUGGCAGAUCAAGCACAAAAAACCAGAAACAAAGAAAAUCCAGCAGUGAUGCCUCGGUUCUUGAUCCAGUUAAUGGGAGAAACUGAAUAGUGGACACACCUUCGAGUGUAAUGCCCAAUUCCUGUGCAGAACCAGAUCGUACUUCUUCCAUAGUGAUAUGUAUGUAUGUAUGUAUGUAUGUAUGUAUGUAUGUAUGUAUGUAUGUAU